UCCCGUCGGUGCCAUUCGGAACCCUCGCCCCCGCCGCCCCGGGCUGCCUCCUUGCCCAGGCAGGCUGAGCUGGCUGCUGCUGGGCAGAUGGGACGGUAGGCAGGGCCCCAAGGGGCCACCCUCACAAGUGACCUCGCUGCCCCGGCCGUUUGCUCCAGGCCAGCAGGGUGAGGAGAUGGGGCGCCCCCCAGGCCCCCACAGCGCCCGGGCCCCGGCGGGCUCCACGGCUGUACCCGGGCUCGUUCCGGACCUGGUCGCCCGGAUCCCCUGGCCCCGCUGGGCGCUCACAGCCACUGCGGUCGUGGCUGGCGUCCUCGUUGUUUCCUGCCUGCUCUGUGCCAUCUGCUGCUGCCGCGGCCGCCACAGGAAAAAGCCCAGAGACGAGGAGGCCGUGGGCCUGGGCAGCGCCUGCAGCACCAUCAACACCCACCUGGUGCAGCCAGAUGUGGAUAACCUGGAGCCUGGCCCCGGGGGGCCCCAGCAGUGGGAGCGCCUGCAGCCGUCCGUGGAGCACGACGUUGGAAGCCAGGCGAUCAAGGUGGGCCUCAAGCAAGGCACGGCGGGCCCCUGCGCCCGCGUCAGCCUCUCCCCUGAGGCCGGGUGCAGGCACGAGACGAAGGUGCACCGUGGUACCCUCUGCCCCACGUUCGAGGAGACCCGCUCCUUCCACGUGAGUCGGGGCUGGAUGGCCAGGGGCCUGGGCCGGGCGGCGGGGGACGCUCACACCCCUCCCCACGGGUCCCCCCACGAGCCUCUGGGCGUGCUCAGCCUGCCGCUGGGCACCGUGGAUCUGCAGCCCCGAGCCCUGGAGCUCUGGCACCCUCUGGGCCCGCCCAGCGCUGCCGAGCCCGAGCAGUUGGGCGAGGUGUGCUUCUCGCUCUAGUACGUGCCCGGCUCGGGCCGGCUGACCGUGGUCGUGCUGGAGGCCCGAGGCCUGAGCCCGGUUCUGGCAGAGCCCUACGUGAAGGUCCAGCUUGUGCUGAACCAGAGGAAGUGGAAGAAGAGAAAGACAUCUGCCAGGAAGGGCACGGCCACCCCUUACUUCAACGAGGCCUUCACCUUCCUUGUGCCUUUCAGCCAGAUCCAGAGUGUGGCUCUGGUGCUGGCCGUCUGGGCCCGGGGUCCACAGUUCCGGGCCAAGCCCGUGAGCAAGGUUCUGCUGGGCGCCCGGGCCUCUGGUCAACCCCUACAGCACUGGGCAGACAUGCUGGCCCAUGCCCGGCGGCCCAUCGCCCAGUGGCACCGCCUGCAGCCGGCCAGGGAGGUGGACAGGGCCCUGGCCUUGCAGCCCCACCUGCGCCUGCCCUUGCCUGGCUCCUGAAAGCAGCCCCGGCCCUCGGUCUCCCUGGGCUGGGCCACGGGCCCCGUGCAGGCUGGCCUGGGGACCCACCAUAAUAAACGCCUUC